AUGUCCCAUACAUUUACACCGCCUGUUCAAAACGCCGACGGCGAGCGACGACGCGACGAAGACACCGCGGGCAUCCUUCGCGUCGCCGCCUACCACCGUCAUGACUGGGACGAAAUCGGCAUCCGCCCCGACCCGGACGAGAAGGCGAAGCGCCCGCGCGUGCACGGCGUCUCCCUCCUCGAUGUCUUUGAGCACCCAGACUCCCAACAACCCUGGUCGGUCUCCCUCGGCCCGCUCAGCCGCCUGCCGCCGGAGCUCCUCGCCGCCGUCCUGCUGGAGCUCGACGUGCUUUCGGUCGUGCGCUUCCGCGCCGUCAACAACCUGGCCCGCCACGCCGCCUCGGCGCUGCCCCAGUACCGGACCGUUGCCGCGCACGCGCCCGUCGUCUUGCGCGCCCUGCUCCGGACGGGGGCGGCCGCGCGCACCGCGCUGCGCGACCUGCACGGCCUCGUCGCCUCCGGGUCCGGCGCCUGCUGCCUCUGCGGCUUCUUCGGGCCGCUCCUGUUCAUCCCGACGCUUAGCCGCUGCUGCUUCACCUGCCUAACCACCUCGCCCGAGCUGGCCGCGGUGCCCGCCCCCGCCGCGGCCAAGGCCGCCGGCGUGCCCCGCCGGCGGCUGCUGGGGGCGCUGCGGGCCGUGCACACCGUCCCCGGCGAGUACGGCAUGUGGCCCAAGCGCCGGGCGCGGCGGCAACACCUGGUCUCCUCCGCCGCCGUGCUCGACGUCUUCGGCGUCUCGUGCGCCGAGCGGCCGAACGAGGACACGGAGGUUUCGAGGUGCAUGGUUGUUGUGGCCCUGCCGCACAUCGACCGGGUUUCGCGCCAAGUCACGCGCUGUCUCAGCUGUCAAGGCUGCCAACAGGCUGUUCAGCGGAGCAAGGGCGCCAGGCUCGAUCUGUACGACAUCCGGGAUCGGUCCUAUACUGCCGAAGGGUUCUUGGAACAUUUCGAUUCGUGUGCGGACGCGCAAGCACUCUGGAGAGCGAGCACUGCCGUAGCUUCACAACAGCCAAAGUGACAUGGCUACCUGCCUAGGUAUAGGUUACCUAGAUGUCUGGAACCAAGAAUAUCCCUGUCGUCAAACCUCUUUUUUUUCGGGCUCCCGCUCUGCUAUCAGAAAUCACUGGCUGGCCUUGUAUUGCACUUUAUACGAGUCACUAAAUACGGACGCAUGUAUUAAUCGAUCCCGUUCAUCUUCCCAUGGCUUGCAUUGCGGUGAUCUCUCGUGUUCCUGCUUCCCUGCUUGCAUACACUCCCCACCCAUAUCGCGAACCGACAAUCACCUCAUUGUCAACUUG